AGUAACGGGAUCUACCCCGGCAAGUCGCGGGCAUGUCCGUGUUAAACAGGACACCAGACUAUACUCCACCAGAUCCGAUGGUCAAGCAGUAAUACAACUAAUUUAAGGUGACUCCCGCUAUAAAACAGCAUUUAGGCCGACAAGAUGAGGAAGAAAACCUCUUGACACCGCAGUUCACACGACGCCUGGACCACGAUGGACGUGGUGAAGACGCUCGUGUUGCUGGUCGUCCUCGCACACGUUGUCGUGAGUCUUCCUGUCAACAAACAUGAUCAGCCUUUAAGGGAGAGGACGUCGAGGUUGACUGAGCUAUUCCCCCAGUAUAUGUUCUGUGAAGAAUGCAAGUACAUAGUCAACCUGGCCAUCACGACUAUUGCCUCGAACGAGACUCUGGACUACUUCAAGAAGGAUGCGAUCUGCAUCUGCAAGUACAUCAACACAUUCCUGAACUAUCGUGGUGACGUCAUGUGCCCGGGCUUGAUCGACGCCUACGGCCCAGUGGUCCUGUUCGUGGCGGCAAACCUUCUCCUAGACCCUGUACGGACAUGUAGAGAGCUUAACUUCUGUGAACCAACACUAUCGUCUAUUACCAAAUCAGACCACAAACAAAGCCUGUGGUUGGACAGGCAAGACUUCGUAGACAGUGUAGUGGUGAUGAGCCAAGACGUUGUAGACAAUGCAGUGAUGGUCAGCCAAGACGUCGUAGACAGCGACGUGAUUGAGAGCCGAGAUGUCGUAGACAGUGACGUGAUUGAGAGCAGAGACGUCGUAGACAGUUCAUUGACGGUUAGCCAAGACGUCGUAGACAGCGCAGUUAUUGAGAACCGAGACGUCGUAGACAGCCCAGUGAUUGCGAGCCGAGAUGUUGUAAACAGUGCAGUCAGGGACAGCCAAGACGCCAGAGACAGUGCAAUGAUGAAGAGUCAAGACGUCAUAGACAGUUUAUUGACGUUUAGCCAAGACGUCGAAGACAGUGUGAUGGGCAGCCAAGAUGUCGUAGACAGCGUAGUCGUGGAGAGCCAAGACGCCUUAGACAUUCCAAUGACCGAGAGCCAAGACCGGUUACAACGCAUGACGUUAGACAGACAAGAGACGUCAUUGUUCCAGUUUAACAAAGAACCUAUCAAGACACACACUCAACACGACGCUGGUUCAAGCUCGUCUGAUCCCAUACGGAUUGUGCAGAUCGCAGACAUACACUUAGAUCGGCUAUAUACAGAGGGUUCCCCGACAGAGUGCCGAAUGAACAUAUGCUGCCGGAGGGAGCUCAGCGGAACAGGUUCAGCGGGGAAGUUCGGGGACUACAACUGCGACGUUCCCAUGAGGACCGUGGAAGCUGUCUUAAGCCACAUCGCUGCUUUAGAUCCUCAGCCAGACUUUGUCAUCUAUACAGGUGAUGCCCCACCUCAUGAUACAUGGGAGGAGUCUUGGUUCACCCAGCUUAACGCCGACCUCCACGUCAUCAACACCAUCAAGUCCUAUCUGCCCGGGAUCCCCGUGUACCCUGUCCUAGGAAACCAUGAAUCCUUUCCCCAGAGUGAAUACUACCAACCGCACCAAGAGUACAAGACACUGAACAUCAACACAGCCGAGUGGUGGCAGCAGCUGUUUGACAUACCAGCUGACCAGUUGAGGAACAUCCAGUACUCGGCCUACUACACAGCACUAGUCCAGCCCAGACUCAGGAUACUGGCCAUAAACACAGAUUACUGGUACUCUCUGAACUUCUAUUCCUUACUGAACCACAAGGUGCCGGCGUACAGGGAACAGCUCAAGUUCAUUGACGCUACACUGAGAAACGCAUCUGAGUACAAUGAGAAGGUAAUAAUCGCUGGCCACAUUCCUCCGGGGGAUUUCUGGGUACACGGCCAUUACGGUGAUAUACUCACAGAGAUCACCAACAAGUACGCUGACGUCAUCGUCAUGAACGUCUUCAGCCAUACUCAUCACGACGAGUUUGAACUGAUAACGGACCCAAAUGACCCGAGCAGGCCAUCAGGGGUGGUGUUCAUUGCACCUUCAGUGACCACCCAAGCGAGGACCAACCCUUCCCACAGAGUGUACCAGCUGGACAGGGAGACCUUUCACGUCAUGGACUAUGACCAGUAUUAUAUCAACCUGACUAAAGCUAAUGCCGAGGGCGUAGCUACAUUGCAGCUGUCCUACUCCGCCAGGUCCGAGUACGACAUCCCCGACCUCAGCCCACAGUCCCUCCACAGUCUGGUCAACAGAUUUGCCACAGACAGGUCGUUGUUUGACCGCUACAGGAGAAACAAGUACGUCCAGAGUGGCCAGGGAAGAGAAUGCUGUUUUCUGUGUCGACAUGAGGAGAUUUGCCGGAUGUCAUCCAUUGCGACCUUGACCUAUUACAACUGUCUACUUCCGUUCUUAUAACGUCAUGCUACAGAUUAUAGGAAAUAUAAGGCAUCUUCGUGGUGCGUGUACCUGUUCAGUAGGAAGCCAUGUUGUAUAGGUUCUUAUUGUAUAUACCCUCCACUAUCACUUUACACAAAUUUUGGUGCUAGCUAUAAUGGACACGGAACCAGAUGUUUUCCCAUAGUCUUCAAUAUUAUCGUUAAAAUGUUAGGAGGAUUUGCAGGGGGUUGCAAGUAAAAGAAUAUGAACUGUGUUUACAUAUAUGCACUACCUAGCCUGAAAGCUGCAAUACACACACAAAGUUUGGCUAGAGGACUGACACCCUGUGAAACUGGUUCUGAUUUUGUAUAGUUGGCACCCUUGAAGAUCCGGGUUGGAAUUGGUCUUCGGCAACUCAUGCUUUUCGUAAGAGGCGACGAGCAAGAUAGGUGGUCGAGCUCGCUAACUUAGUUAACACAUGUCAUCGUAUCCCAUUUGCGAAGGACGAUGCUCAUGAUGUUGAUCACUGGAUUGUCUAGUCGAGACUUGAUUUUUUUUGACUGACCACCUUUAUAUAGCUGGAAUAUUGCAGGGUGUGGCGUUAAACAACAAACAAACAAACAAAUAGUAUGGUUGAACUUAAUGUACUGCUAGGCCACUCAACCUGUGAUACUUUUAUUUAUUUACAUGGUCAGUUGUGUUAUCCGGCUGGUUUGAGUUCACACUGGAUUAUUACAUGGCGACAUAUAUGUGUACCUACUGGCUGUCAUGUUAAGCAGUAUUUCCUAACAUCUAUCGAAUUAUGUUGUUUUGUAGCCUUUGUUUUAAUUUGGAAACCAGAUACACACAUUUAAGAAAUCAUUUUGAUAUAAACUAAGAUUGGAUUUGACCCAACAUUACCAAGGUCUCUCAAGAUGUUACAUGGUGAAAACAAACGCUGCUUCUGGGCCUAGAUUUUCGAAGCUCUCUUAGCGCUAAGAUAGUUGUAAGUAAAUGGUAAUGUAUGACACUUAGCUUCGAAAAUCUAGACCCAGGUCCACAGCAUAACUACCAUACCCAUAUCAAAUACACUGUACACCUCCAGAAUACCGGAUACCUACCAGCCAUAUUGUUAGUGUCACGUAACCCUAACCUUAAUAUAACCCUAACCCUAACCCUUACCCUAAACCUUACCCUAACCCAUAUUGUUAGUCAUAACCCUAAACCUUAA